UGAAUGCGCAAGUAACCCUUGCUUGAAUGGUGCAACAUGUGUGGAUGGCGUCAAUGACUAUUCAUGCAGAUGUGUAAUGGGCUACAAUGGCAAAAACUGUCAAACCAAUAUAGGUACAAACCUCAUUAUAUAUUAAAUUCUUGACUGCAAAAAGUUACUUACAAAUUUACCUACUCAAUAUUUAGAUGAUUGCAAAAUUAAUCCUUGUAUGAAUGGAGGAUCAUGUAUAGAUGGAGUAAAUAGUCAUGUAUGUACUUGCAAAGCAGGUUUUACUGGGAAAAACUGUCAAGUCAAUAUCAAUGAAUGUGGUAGCAGUCCCUGCUUAAAUGGUGCAACAUGUGUGGAUGAAUUUAACAAUUACUCUUGUGUUUGUGUCAAAGGAUUUGAGGGGAAAGAUUGCCAAGUUGACAGAGACGAAUGCAAAAACAAGCCUUGCCUAAAUGGUGGAACAUGCACCGAUGGUAUCAACAGUUUUACUUGUGACUGUGCAGCAGGCUAUACCGGUAACACGUGUGAUGUUGAUAUAGAUGAAUGCGCAGGUAAUCUAUGUAAAAAUGGUGGAACAUGCACCGACGGUAUCAACAGUUUUACUUGUGAUUGUGCAGCAGGUUACACUGGUAACACAUGCGAAGUUGAUAUAAACGAAUGUGCAAGUAAUCCAUGUAAAAAUGGUGGAACAUGCACUGAUGGUAUCAACAGUUUUACUUGUGAUUGUGCAGCAGGUUAUACCGGUAACACGUGUGAUGUUGAUAUAGACGAAUGCGCAGGUAAUCCAUGUAAAAAUGGUGGAACAUGCACCGACGGUAUCAACAGUUUUACUUGUGAUUGUGCAGCAGGUUACACUGGUAACACAUGCGAAGUUGAUAUAAACGAAUGUGCAAGUAAUCCAUGUAAAAAUGGUGGAACAUGCACUGAUGGUAUCAACAGUUUUACUUGUGAUUGUGCAGCAGGUUAUACCGGUAACACGUGUGAUGUUGAUAUAGACGAAUGCGCAGGUAAUCCAUGUAAAAAUGGUGGAACAUGCACCGACGGUAUCAACAGUUUUACUUGUGAUUGUGCAGCAGGUUACACUGGUAACACCUGCGAAGUUGAUAUAAACGAAUGUGCAAGUAAUCCAUGUAAAAAUGGUGGAACAUGCACCGAUGGUAUCAACAGUUUUACUUGUCAUUGUGCAGCAGGUUACACUGGUAACACCUGCGAAGUUGAUAUAAACGAAUGUGCAAGUAAUCCAUGUAAAAAUGGCGGAACAUGCACUGAUGGUAUCAACAGUUUUACUUGUCAUUGUGCAGCAGGUUACACUGGUAACACCUGCGAAUUUGAUAUCAACGAAUGUGCAAGUAAUCCAUGUAAAAAUCGUGGAACAUGCACCGACGGUAUCAACAGUUUUACUUGUGAUUGUGCAGCAGGUUACACUGGUAACACCUGCGAAGUUGAUAUAAACGAAUGUGCAAGUAAUCCAUGUAAAAAUGGUGGAACAUGCACCGAUGGUAUCAACAGUUUUACUUGUCAUUGUGCAGCAGGUUACACUGGUAACACCUGCGAAGUUGAUAUAAACGAAUGUGCAAGUAAUCCAUGUAAAAAUGGCGGAACAUGCACUGAUGGUAUCAACAGUUUUACUUGUGAUUGUGGAGCAGGUUAUACCGGUAACACGUGUGAUGUUGAUAUAGACGAAUGCGCAGGUAAUCCAUGUAAAAAUGGUGGAACAUGCACCGACGGUAUCAACAGUUUUACUUGUGAUUGUGCAGCAGGUUACACUGGUAACACCUGCGAAGUUGAUAUAAACGAAUGUGCAAGUAAUCCAUGUAAAAAUGGUGGAACAUGCACCGAUGGUAUCAACAGUUUUACUUGUCAUUGUGCAGCAGGUUACACUGGUAACACCUGCGAAUUUGAUAUCAACGAAUGUGCAAGUAAUCCAUGUAAAAAUCGUGGAACAUGCACCGAUGGUAUCAACAGUUUUACUUGUGAAUGUGCAGCAGGUUACACUGGUAUUACAUGCGAAGUUGAUAUCAACGAAUGUGCAAGUAAUCCAUGUAAAAAUGGUGGAACAUGCACUGAUGGUAUCAACAGUUUUACUUGUGAAUGUGCAGCAGGUUACACUGGUAUUACAUGCGAAGUUAAUGUAGACGAAUGCGCAGGUAAUCCAUGUAAAAAUGGUGGAACAUGCACCGAUGGAAUAGACGAGCAUUCCUGCACAUGCGUAAAAGGUUACAAUGGAAAGAAUUGUGAACAUAACAUAGACGAUUGUCCUCAAUUAAAUCCUUGCAGUGGUAACGGAAAAUGUAUUGAUGGAUUGAACGCCUACCAAUGCGUUUGUGAUGGUGGGUAUGAAGGAAAGAACUGUCAGAACGAAAUCAAUGAAUGCGUUCCUAAUCCUUGUCUAAACAAUGGAGUUUGUUUUGAUUUCAUCAAUAACUUUCAAUGUGUUUGUCCACCUGGUUAUCAUGGCUCAACGUGUCAGCAUAAAUGCAAACCAGGCUGGUUUGGAUUAAACUGUGAAAAGAAAUGCAGCUGUCUGCAUGGAGAAGAUUGUGAUUUUGUAUCAGGAAGAUGUCUUGACUGUAAAUCUGGCUGGAUAGGAAAUAAUUGUGAAAAAAAAUGUGACAAAGGUCGCUAUGGCAAAUGGUGCAAGUACACGUGUACAUGCAAUGAUGGAGAUUGUGAUCACGUUACAGGAUCAUGUUUAACUUAAAGGAGAUAACAUAUUAGCUGUAUUAUUGAUAGAGUUUAUUAAAAUCGGCAUAAUAUAAAGAUUUUGUGUUGUUAUUCUUUUGAUAGUAUAUAGACUAUCUAAAAAUUGCUUUCAUUAUUAAACAUCCUUGACUGCAGAUAAAAAUGUUUUUAAGAAAACAUGUACAUGAAAAAAAGUUCGUGCCUCGCAUGCAAAAAGAGGAUAGAUUUUCUCUAUAAACAAGUUUAUUACGGUGGUUAAUUUUCAAUUUUUUUUUAUUUUUUUUCUGAUAAUAUUUCUAUUCCUAGUGGAAAUGUUAAGCCUUGAACUGUAAGUAGGCGAAUUUUGAUAAAGAUCAAAAUUAAAGAAACAAAUUUUCAGUAAAAACAAAGUUUUGGUUGUAUUCUAUGCCCAUCAACGCCCGAUGAAAUGAAUUGAACAUAAUGGCGUUGAUUAGAAAACCACUCAACGCCCGAUUAAAUGAAUUCGACAUGUUGGCGUUGAUUAGAAUACCACUUGCGCAUGAUCUUCAAAUCAAACGAGUUGAUUCAAAUGGUAGGAAAUAUUUAUCUAAAG